AUGUAUCGACCAAGCAAACAGCGAGAAGCGACUCCUCCUCACAAACAACAAGAGUAUAUCACUCAUGAUGGACUCUUAUUCGAGGAGAUGCAUAUGGGAAUUGCCGUUGUCGAUAUCGCUAAAUGGAGACUAGUGGUCGACGGAAUGGUGGAAAACCCACUCUCGAUUUCUCUCCCUGAGUUAUGUGCAUUUCCCAAGUUGUCCAUUGUUGCAUUUCACGAAUGCUACGGAAGCCCACUACGCCCAUCAGAUAGGAACAUCUGGCGUGUUGGAAAUGUCACCUGGACCGGAGUUCCACUCAAAUUUCUUCUGAAUAUCGCUCAGCCUUUGGACUCCGCGCGAUAUAUGUGGUCCGAAGGGCUUGAUCAUGGUGCAUUCGCUGGGAAGAAGAUAACUUGUUAUCAGAAGGACGUUCCAUUAGAAAAAGCAAUGAGCGAUGAAGUUCUUGUGGCCUAUGAGAUGAACUCCGAACCACUUAGGAGGGAACGAGGUGGACCAGUGAGGCUCGUAGUGCCCGGCUGGUUCGGGACCAAUAGCACCAAAUGGCUCUGGCGGCUGUCCUUUCAAGCCCAGCGUGCACCUGGAAUAUUCGCAAGCCAUUACUACAACAGACCUAAUCCACAGGGAGAAAUCCAACCCGUAUGGGACGUGGAACCUAACUCAAUGAUCAUCGACCCUUCACCAAAUGCUAAAGUAGUUGGUCCAAGAGUUAUGAUUCGUGGCUGGGCGUGGAGUUGGGAUGGUAUCAAAGCUGUUCAGAUACGCCAAUCCAACGAAUCAGAGUGGCAGCAGGCGGAGACGAAGCCACGCCAAGACUUCAGCUGGCAAGCAUUUCGCCAAAUCAUUGUGUUACCGAAAGGUCGUUGCUCAGUUGUUGCUCGGGCUAUCUCAAUAAGUGGCAAAAUGCAACCCAUGGAAAACCAACGAAAUUGCGCGCAUAACAUCGACUUCGAGGUUAUUGUCGAAAGUGAAGGUCGAAUACAUCAAAUAACAGAUAGCUUAUAA